AUGUGUUUGGAUAAUAUCCCAAUGAACGAAACAACCUUAACAGCUGAGGGAAGAAUGGCAAUUUCAAUAAGUGAUGGUCACAUGACAUUUGAUAUGGUAAAGAAAAUGACGCAAUCAGGUAUAAAUCCUAAAUUGCGUUCUUAUAGUCCUGCUCUAAGUGUUUUCUACAAUACUGGAGAUGUUGACAAAGCAUUUGAUGUUGAGAAAGGCAUGCUCGAGCAUAGUAUUCAUGCACAAGAGCCUGAAUUGGAGGCACUCUUAAAAGUAAGUACAGAAACGGGAAAAGGUGACAAUGUGUGUUACUUAUUGCAUAAAGUAAAAACGAGUGUGAGAAAAAUGUCACCUUCUACUGCAGAUAUAAUUGUGAAAUGGUUUGAGAGCAAGGCAACCUCAAGAUUGGGGAAACAAACCAUGGAUCAGAGAUUUAUAAAGAAAGCAAUUGAAAAUGGAGGAGAAGGUUGGCAUAGGCAGGCCUGGUUGGAUAAAGGUAGAUGGAAUAUAUCAUAUACAGCUAUUGGAGCUGAUGCAUUAUGUAAAUGUUGUGAGGAAAAGUUGGCUUUAAUAGAUCUUGAUCCUAAAUGGCUAGACUACUAUAGGCGGUUUGAAACUAUGGUAGAUACAGCUAAUGUUAGUCUUUUCAGCCAAAGAAGAUUCAUGCCAUCAAAGGAUGAAGUAAGGCACAGCUUCAGCCACAGGAGGGAAGCCUUGUUGUCAUUCUUGGAUUUGUCUUCCAAAAGCUCUUCAACCACUGCUUCCAAUAUUUCUUCAGGAAGGCCUGUUGUCAUUCCUGGAUUCUGUCUUCCAAAAGCUCUUUAG